GUAUUGCAGAGCGACACACUCGCAGACUAAAACUGCAUUCGCAUGCUGGGCUGUACUGUAUGUCACAGGGAAAUGGGGAACAAGCAGACUGUUUUCACUCAACAGCAGCUGGAUGCGUAUCAGGACUGUACAUUUUUCACCAGAAAAGAAAUUUUAAGGCUGUUUCAUAGGUAUCGCGAUUUGGCCCCACAGCUCGUUCCGCUUGACUACACCACCCAGCCAGAUGUGCGUCUGCCCUAUGAGCUGAUUGAUAGCAUGCCAGAACUGAAGGAUAAUCCGUUUAGGCAGAGAAUCGCAGAAGUGUUUUCCGAGGAUGGAGAAGGAAACAUGACUUUGGACGAUUUCUUGGAUAUGUUCUCAGUGCUGAGCGAAAUGGCACCAAGAGAUCUAAAGGCCUACUAUGCAUUCAAAAUCUAUGACUUUAACAACGAUGACUUCAUUUGUAAAUCGGACCUGGAGAAGACCUUGAACAAGCUAACGCGGAACGAGCUGACCGAGGACGAAGUGAGCAUGGUGUGUGAAAAAGUCCUCGACGAAGCCGAUAUGGACAACGACGGCCGUCUGUCACUGGAGGAUUUCCAGCACAUGAUCGUGAGAGCACCAGACUUCCUCAGCACAUUCCAUAUCAGAAUAUAAGACAAGUAUGGAUUUAAGGACAAGUUUCUUCUCUGACUGAGCAGAACGUAGACACUACAGGACAGUGAAGAGAAGAUGGAGGAAAUAUCACCUGACCUCAGAUUACAGCACUUUUCUGCGGAGAACAACGAAUCAAUGAAACAGUGAAAUGCAUCAAACCAAGUUGUUGCACUUCCUCGAUCGACUUCCUUCAUGUUUUAGUUUCCUCCCUUCAAUGCAACUUUUGUUUGAUGAUAAUAAGCAUUGUUUGAGAUCCAUGGCUUCAAAACCGACCUGUAAGCUCAGAUCUGUCUGCUUCAACACCACGUCUGCACUAACAAUGAAAAAUGAGGCACAAAUGAAAAAACAACAAAAAAAAAAACCACCACACAAAACUUCACUUCUUAAAAGAUUCUUAUUUUAAUAAAUCAAAAGCACUGAUAUCUACAAAACUGUAGACAAUUUUUCAACAUCAUUUUUUUAGAAAGUACAGUACAAUUUAAGUAGAUCUCUUUUUUGAGUGUUAUUUACAAUUGUUCCUUUUUUGUUGUUUUUAUAUUUUUUUCAAAAUGUAACAACUUUCAUCCCCCCCCCGUUCACCUCGCCAUCAAAAAUUAAACGAACGUAUAAAAGAAACGAAAACGAUACGAAUGACAGUGAUUUCGAGAAUAAAAUAAAGAAAUAAAGAUCUGACAUUUAAACACUAUGAACUGCUU